GUACUAGAUGGUUACUGAAUAAUAAUCUAAUUGAAACAUGGUCUAAGAUGGAGAAUUUUUUUCUGAUUACAUUGUAUUAUGUGAGCCUAACACAGUGUGCAAAGUGUUGCAAGAAACCACAAGAGGAAGCAGUCCGAAAUAGGCUACCAUGACAGGGCAGCAUUAAGAUCAGACUGCAUUCAUCAAAUGCCUGAAUUUUCAUUCCUGCAUUAAUCAAAUAUUUCACUUUAAUCCAUCUAUAUAUCACCUUUACCCACACGUAACAAGUGUUUUUAUUUUUAUUUUUUUUUGAUAGAGCUAUGAUGAUUGAUGACGAUGAUGAUUAUUGAGGCGACUUGUGAUGAAAUUUGAUGGUUUAACAAAUGAGUUCAGUGUGGACAAAUAUGGAGCUAUCAUUACAACGGGAUGAUCUGCUGUGAUCAUCAUUAAUGACUCCUGAUUAAACACCGUCGGGACGUCGCAGGGGGACGUGAGCUCCGUUAAUAACCGCGUCAGAGCAGAAACGUCCCGUUUCUACCACAGCUAGACAGCCACACCGCCUCCACCAGUUUCUCAAUUGUGAUCCCUUCAGGUGCAACUGGACAUUUGGAAACACUUAUAAUGAUGCAAAUGACGACCCAGAGCAGCAACUGCAUGAAAGACCAAUUCUGAUUUAUUUCAGUAUCAUUGUAUUGAACAUCACAGACGGGACUUAACUGAUUAACAGACACAGCCGAACUAUUGCUUCAUUUACUGUAAAUACAGUUGAAUCUAACAUAUUUACAACUAUUAUCAGUAUGGUUUUAAAAUCAACUCUUAUAAUAUGCAAGUGGAGAUGAAGAAGAGGUGACAAGCAGUUAUUUGAUAAAAUAGCCUAUGUUUUUAUCAUAAUGUUAUUUUGAUUCAUUAACAUCAAUUAAUAAAAAAAAGAAAAAAGGUAGGCCUACUCUGCGGAGUUUUUGCCCAUGCAAGACAACACACGUGCACGAACACAGUGCCAUAGGUUUCAGACUUUUCUGGAGAUAGGCAGUUUGUGAAGGCAACAUCAAACGUGACAAUGUAGCUACUUACAAAAACAGGGAAGACGACGACUAACAGCUAAACACGUAGGUAAACAAUGCAGGCCCACACAGUUUAAACCUGAGCUUUGCAAAUGUGGAAUGACAUUCAUGAAAGAGUCUGUUAACCCUCUUGGAUACGUAGGCUACGAAACGUUUCAAUACUAUUUGUGAACUGAACUUUUGUUUGAUUACAGGGAAACUCCAGGGGCAUCUUUAAGCACUUAAGCGGUGUUCACAAAAAUAGGUUUUUCCAAGGAGCACGUGAAAGCAGCAGUCAUUCUGAACAGUUGCUAGAGAUGCUUGCAGCCGCAGCUCUCUUCAGCGCGCGGCCGCAGCGGAACAUUAGAGAAAACAAUGUGCAGGAAGAGGACCACUGAAUCCCUCCAGACAGAGUGACUGAUCAUGGCCAGUCGGUGGCAAGACGGUGCUCGCAGCCGUUCAGGAGAGCACGUCGGUGGCCUAAAAACGGCGCGAACACCCCAACAAGAAGAAUCGUCUGGAGAUAUCGGGGACGCGGCGGAGUCGCUGCGGGAGCUGCCACGAUGGAUGCGGCUUUACUUCUACGGGAUGCAUGGUGUUACUCUGGAUGUCCUGUUGUCAUCGUUACAGGGGGUUUUCAAUCAUGGGGACCCUAAACUGGUGGGGUUUUCAUCUCCAUAUCUUUGUAUCAUGCAUUCGCUAACCCACUUUGCGCUUGAGAAGAUCUACUCACAGAAGAGGUGUUUCCGAGGUCGGCCUGUUGUGUUUCAUCUUGUUUUCUAUCCGUCUGUCUACAUCGGGCUGCAGAUCCUGAUCGGGAACAUCAACACUUUGACCGAGCAGGUGAGGGUAGUAUCAGGGACGCAGCUGGCUGUGCACUACAUCCUGGCUAUCUACUUCGCCCAGGUGUUUCACCGAGGGCUGUCAAGGCUGCAGUAUCACCCAUGCUGCCCCACUGACCUCCUAAGUAAACCCGGCCCGGAGGACAGCAGUCAGGACCGGACAGGUCCUCAGAGUCUCCCCGGCUUUGUGCGGUUCUUGUUCUUCGGGAUGCACGGCUUUCUGGACGAGGUGCUUUUCACCUCUAUGUUCAACCUGGUUGAGAAGUCGGACCGGACCCUCAGUGGCCACACGUCCCUGUGGUCUUUCCUGAUGUACGGUAGCUGCAGCUUCGUGGUGGAAAAGCUCUACCUUCACCUGCAUUUCAGCAGAGGUUGGGGGACGUGGCAGCGCCUCCCGCUCUACAUCUGCUUCAUCUACGCCUGGGAGUUCUCCUGGGGUCUGGUCCUAAGGCAGUUUGACGCCUGCUCAUGGGACUAUUCCCACUAUCCUCACAACUUCAUGGGACUCAUCACCCUUCUCUACCUGCCUGGCUGGGUCUGUCUCAGUCUGUAUCAGGACGUGCUGUCUAAUGUCCUGCUGAGGAUCAAGUGCAACAAAGAUGCAGAUGUGAGUGGGGAGAAUGGAGAGGUCAAUGGACAGCUGGAGUCAAAGAAAAAAAUACUUUAAUGUUUCUUUUUGAGGUUUUGGGCAAAGUCUGACCCACAUGUGACUAAUGAUAAACAAGAAGGCAUUAUUCAUUCCUAAAAAGAAAGAACGUGGCAUACAGGCCUGGGCGUAUUACCCAAAACUGAUUUAUUGAGAAGAGAAAGUUUGUGUUUGUAACCGGAUUCAGUUUGAAUAGGUUUACAAGGUUAAAUGGUAAUGUAGGACCAGGUCAGGCAGUCAACUCAAACCAUGGUUUGCAUUUGCCCACAUAUCAAAGUAGGCUAUCUAAGAUAAUAACUUUGGUUCAGACAGGAGAUGUUACCAUGACAACAAGUGUUGAGAUGAGUUGAGAUUUUGUGCAGUUAAUACUUGCAGAAAGUUGAGAUUCAGUUCACUCUGGAAUCUGGACACUUGUCACCAGUAUGCAGAUGAGACAUUUUUCAGUUGUCAGUUCUGCAAUGCCUGAUAUUUCUGGGUCCAUAAAUGGAGAUAAAACACAAUGUAGGACAUGGUUUGUUUGCCUAACCUGUUUAAAUUCAGUUAACCUACUGCCAUUUUUAUCUCUGUUGUAGGAUGCAGUUGUAAUAUUAACCAGUUUUACAAGUCUUCAUCACUUUGGAUGUGUGAAUAUUCCAUUUUCUUUUAGACACUGCAGUGACGGACCUGCCAUCUCAUACACUACAUGAUUGUGACAGGUUUAGUUUGGGUCAGAGCGAUUAUGUCACUUACAUAUUCAUUGGCAUGCUUUAACUGUAGCCCAUAUCUGCAUGCUAAACAAAAAAGUAGAUAUAAAAAUUAAAAAAGAAAAAAAAAAAAAAACUACUGGAAGGUUUUGUUUCAGGUUUAUGAUUUAGGGUUUCUUCCCCAAAACACAUAUUCACCUAAAAUUCAAACAUCAGUAUUUUCAAGACAAGGAAAAUGUAAGUUAAGAGGACAGUGUCCACUUGCUCCAUAUUCCUUCAUGCAAAUAGUCAGUUUUUAAAUGUUGAUCUCAUUUUAUUUUUUAAAUUGUUAACGUUACAUUUUGGAACAUACUCCCAAUUGUCACCCAGCUUGUUCAUAUGAUCCCAGAGUAAUGCAUGACAACUAUUAGAGUAGCGGUAAACCCAGUAAUAUAUGUAGCAAGAGAAAAGCUGUAGCUGAAUGAGUACGAGGCGCCGAGGGAGAUUUACUGUGAAUCUUUCAUGAACCAAACGUUACUUUGCUGUAGUGCCUUCAGCCUCAGCUGUACUCACAGAAACAACCCACAGGUCUCUUUUCAGCUGAAGUGCUACAGUUGUGGGUUGGGGCCACAGUUCUGCUGUCAAUGUACUGUAUGAAACAUCUGAAACCCAUCUGAACAUUUGGAGCACAGCUCUCCUGAUAAACAUAAUUUUCUACCAUCAGCACCAAUGACAGGCUCUCAGUCAGUGAGGCUGAGUCCUUUACACUAUCAGUAAUUAUACUACUUCCGCAGCAAAAUUAUGGGUAUUUUUUCUUAUCUCCAGUGAAAAGAGCAUUAAAUAACCAAUAUCAAUACAAAUUAAAAAUAGAGAAAUACAAUAUUUUGAAAAAGUCAAUUAACUUACGGAUUACCCUGUCCUUUGAAAACAUACUUAAAACUCCCAAGCUUAGUCGCGUCAAAUUAUUUCUAAAAGCACUGAGCAAGUUUAUCUCCAACUGAUGCACGUUUCAGUCAAGCAGCCAUUUAAUUUAAACCCACUGAUCAAACUUGAAGUGAAUAUUGUACAGACUUAUAGGUUCAGAGGGAACAGUUUCUAGUAAAAAGUUUUUUUAAACUCCAGUGGUUUGGCUUUAUAGUGGUCUUAUGCCUUCUGAGCAAACCAAUCUAAGUACCUUGCACUGUGACUAAACAAAUGGUAGUAUAUCUUAGCAAACUUGUCAACUUUAUACAAGUCACAUUGUAAGGUGAAUAGACUGUCUUUUGGAGUUGGUUUCUGAAAUCAAACUCUGAGUGAGCUGAUGAAUUUACCAGCAGCUGUAGCUGUUUUAGUCCCACAGUGGUAUUUUAAGUCAGUGCUGGAAUCAAUCCUGUCAUUUAUGAAGCUGCCCUUUAAUCAUUUCUAUAAAAUUAGGAAACAGUUUCUUCUAAAUGCAACUCUAAAUUCUGAUCUUUUUUUUUUAUGCCCUCACAGACCAGGGAGUGACAGUGAAAAUUGUUGUACAUCAUUGAAAUUUAUUAGAAUCAUUCUCGUUGGAUUCUUAAAAUAUUUUUUUCUUAUUCAUUAGGGAUUUCUAUUAAGGAAUCAAACUGAAUUUUGUCUAUGCAUAUUUAGAAAGAUAUCUGGCACAAAUAUUAUAUCUGGAGAGGUGUCAGAACAUAUUUCAAAUCAUGUCUAAAUCACAAGUGGUGACUUGUUUUUUGUUCUACUUGGCAGCUAUAUUAAGGUUCUUUAACACUGUCAUUUUCUGAAUCACAGCCACAUGAGUGUGUGACUUUUUACAUCUUUAAGAUUUUCCAUGGCCGAAUAACUGUAAUUUAAUCACACUUUACUUUUGUGUUGUGUUAUUCACUGAUUUUAAAAAAAAGAGACCAAACUGCUUUUAGAAAAGGGUGUGAAAGGUUGAAAUAAAAUGCAGAUUAAAGUAAAAAAUGAUGACCGACUUGCAAUGGCAUGUACUGUACAACUUACAAUUUUAAUUAAAUCUAAAAAUUUCUUGUGA